AUGUCCCCGCCAGCGAUCAUUGCCCCAUCCAUCCUGAGCGCGGAUUUCGCGUCUCUGGGAAGCGAAUGCUCGACGAAGAUGGCCCAGGGAUCAGACUGGCUCCAUGUCGACAUCAUGGACGGUCACUUCGUCCCUAAUAUCACCUUCGGAGCUCCCGUGGUCACCAAGAUCCGGUCUCACGUUGACCGUCCAACUCAGCCCCAUGGCCGGGGCACCUUUGACUGUCAUAUGAUGAUCAUGGAGGAGUUCAAGAACGCCGGAUGCGACCUCUACUGUUUCCACUACGAAGCCGCCGUGGCUUCCGUCGCAGCUACCGAGCCUGCCGACUCAACAACCACUCGCAAGACGAGCCCAAAGGAAUUAAUCCGUUAUAUCCACGAGGAGGGCAUGCAAGCCGGUAUUGCUAUCAAGCCAGACACACCGGUCGACGUACUGUGGGAGAUUCUCGAGAGCAAAGACGAGAAAGAACGCCCAGAUAUGGUCCUCGUCAUGACCGUGUACCCCGGCUUUGGUGGCCAGAAAUUCAUGGCCUCUGAGCUGCCCAAGGUCCAGGCUCUCCGUGAGCGAUACCCUAAUUUGAACAUCGAGGUUGAUGGCGGACUGGGGCUCGGGACGGUGGACCAGGCCGCUGAAGCAGGAGCCAAUGUGAUUGUCGCUGGUUCGGCAGUUUUUGGCGCCCAAGAUCCUGCCGACGUCAUCGCAAAGCUUCGCGAAGCUGUUAACAAACGCCAAAAGCUCUAA